CCGGGUGCGGGGAGCCCGAGCCGGCGGCGCCCGCGCGCCCGAGCCGGGCGCUGGACGAGGUGGGAGCGGGCCCGGGUGCCGGGCGCCGGGGCCCCGCUUGCCCGGGGCUGGUGGCCGGAGGCUCGGCGGGGCGCUGUCGGGCGGCGCGGGGCAGGGACCCCGGCGUGGUGUCGCAGGGGCGGCGGCGGGGAUGGCGCGCGCGGAGCCCCGGCCGGGCGGGCCCAGGAGCGGCGCGGCGGGCGCUGCCCCGGCCCGGCCCUGCUGAGCGGCGCGGCGCGGCGCGGCGCGGCGGGCCUGGCUCGCGGGAGCCAUGGUGCCGCUGGUGGCGGAGCAGCUGCAGACGCGGGCGCUGGAGGAGCCGACACGCGCGUCCUUCGGCAUCCGCCCGGCCCCGAUCCUACCCUUGCUCCUCCUCCCAGCUGAGUUUGUAUCCUGCUGUGCCAGCCCAGCAAUGAAGCAGCAUUGGGAAUCAGAAGGUGGACUUAAUUAAUUACUAAGGAGUAAACUGUGAUUUAAACCGUCAGUCUUAACUUUGUUUUGUGUUUGUGCUGUUAGUCUUUCUUUAGAAAAGUAGCUCAUUUUAAUUGGAGGGUAACAAUUUAAAAACACAUUGAUCUGCAACUAAAUGUAGCUCUUACACUGAAGUUGGUAUUCUUUGCUAGCCAGGAAGAUGCGCAAAAUCUGUAUGCGAUUUUUCUAAGCAAUUAUAUAUCUUAACCUGCACUUAUUCAAAUUCUUAAUUUUUGAUAGUUCUACAUUUAUGUUAGAAAUGAUAAAUUAUGCAUUUCCUUGUUAGUCUUCUUUCUUGUGGCUUAUAUCAACUUGAAUGGAAAUGAAAAUACAUGAAAUUCCAUUUAAAACGCUGCUUUUUUAUUAGCCAAUUAAAACUGCCUUAAAUAUACUGGGUAUAUACACUUUUAUUUUUUUUUGUUUAAAACAAAUUUUACGUUUAAAAGAGAACCCAACGUAUUAAACAGAGGAAGCAUGAACUGUAGUGAGUGAAUUGACCAAUUUGUUUCUGGUCACCCUGUGACAGAUAAGUUCUCAGCGGCAUUUUCAAAGGCAGGCAUCUUGGGCAGGCCAGUAGGUGCAGAAAUCCAUGAGAGGUAUGUCCUAAUGUGUUUAGGAUUUUCAAAAGCAGCUAUUAGGUAGUUCUCUGCAUUUUAGGUAUAUAAAUACCAUGUCCUUCAAGUUGUUGCGAACAGUAGAUCUCAUUGUGUCCCACCUGGAUUCCCUUCUUGCCUUGGAAGAGAACUAGUUUUCCUGCUCUUUCAAUCCCGACCCGACCCGAGGGAGGGCUCUUUGUGCCCAAUAGCUUGUCUCGCCACAGUUGCCCAGUAACAGAUAUCACCAACGACCCCUUGCUGCCUGCAGAUUUCCUAACUCCCCAGGGCUACGACACCACUCCAGCCCCUAGUCACUUUGAACUUUGUGAAUGAGCUAGUGCAAAUGAAGAAAAUAGUCUCUCUGUACCUGCCAGCUAAACUGAAAUGCAAAGGACUUCAGGCAAAAGCUUUUCUCCACAACAGAAAAUGAAAGUACUGACAUCUGGAAAAGCAUAAACAACUGCAUUUCCUUCACUGUAGACUGGAAAUCACAGGCUGGAUUGAGUAUCUGUUACAUUGUGACACAUUUCUAAAGCAUAAAUUGACCUCAGAAAUUAAAGAGGUUUCCCCCUCAUUCUGCAUGCAACUACAAAUAGUAGUAUCCUCAACAUGGUCAUGUUUGAGGAAGGGUUAUUGACAAAGCCUGUUUAUUUAAACUAUUGUAAUAGAUUGUAGCAAACGUAGGUUUUAACUUAGGAUUUCAUAAUGAAUUCCAAAUAGGCUUAAUUCAAAAAGAAUAUUUGAAUAUAACUUUCUGCACCCCAGGGGUCAGUAUCUAGAGGAUGAGGAGCCUGCUGGCUCAGUUGAUGGCUAGGCUUAGGCACUAAAUCCUGGAGGAGAAAGGUUGGAGCCGCUGUUGCACCGGUAUAGGGUGAUGUGUGAGAGAUGCGUGUCUGUGUAGCCAGCUCCUGGUCCAGACCAUCGGGCUCAUCAGUGCAGUGAUAAGUGCCACAGAUCCGUGCAUGCAUCCAGCAUCUGAAAACCAUCUAAACCAUUUUUCCCUUUCCCUGUUGCUGUGCUGCCCUACGCCCAAGACAACAUGGAGAGUGAAUGAGAAAAGAAAGCAACAACUGGUAAACGGCUAUCAAAUGGCAAACUGAAGUGAAUUGCUGAGUUGUUAGGAUCGGGAAGGUUACCUGUAGCCAGCUGAGGGGAAGGUUCUGGCAGAUGAGCCAGGGGUGUUUGAAGUGGGCCAGGUGGUUAUGACCCUCCUAGGUGGUUGUGAGCCCUGGAGUGAAAGCUGAGAUUGUACAUAAAGCAAUGGAUUAAGCCUGCACCUGCCAGAGAGGUGACUUGCCCUGACAAGAAGGUGAGUGUGCAUUUCAGACUCGCUGCCUGGUUGGGGACGUUAGUAAUGUAAGUGUUGGGUGCUACUAGAUAAGGUGCACGCUGACCAUGCCCCCCACCCCUUGCUGUUCUCGGCUACACAGGUUUGUAUCCUGUCCCCAUCCUUGUAGUCUGAGUGCUUUCCAGUCUUGCUUCGUGUGGUCUAAUGGACAUCUGUCAGCUGGUUUGUUUCCACUGGCCCUUGUUUCAGGAUGUACGGAGAACCAUGGCCUGACCAGGCAGACGUGACCCGCUGUGGCAGCCCUUCCCUGCUCAUGUCUGAAAGGGCUUCCUGGAGGGACCGGCUCCUCUGUCCUCGAAUCCACCUUCAGGACAACGUAAGCUUCGGCUACCGCCGCCCCAGCCUGGGCCUGCCGCCUCGCGGCCAGAGCAGCUGCCCGCCGGGCAGCCCCGUGUCCCCCGCGCUGGCCGCAGACCCGCGCACCUCGGAGAAGGCGUCGGUGCCCCCUUCCAAGCGGCACUGCCGCUCGCUCUCGGUGCCCGAGGAUCUCUCCCGCUGGCGGCCGCUCGGCUCCCGCGUGUGGACGGCCGUGCAGCAGCGGCGCAGCGGCGCAGCGGGCGCGCUGGCAGCGCCGCGCCCCCGCCAGCCCCCGCCGGGCCCGGGCCCGGGCCCCCCCAGCACCCCGCCGCGGCCGCGCAGCCCCCCCUUCUUCAGCUUGGCCCUGGCCCUGCCGCGGGAGGCCUGGGACGGCGGAGAAGCCCCGCAGCCCUUCCCGCUGCAGCGGCGCUUCUCCUUGUCGCCGCGGAGCUCGGCCUCCUGCGCGCCCGCGCCGCGCCCGCGCAGCCGCUCGCAGCCCUGCGACCUGGGCGCCAGGAAGAGCGGCCUCAAGCGGCGCCACGAUGAGCGCGUGAGCCGGCGCCGGCCCGCGCUCGACUUCCACAAGAUGAACCAGGUAGGGAGCGCGGGGCGCGGGCGCGGCCGGGCGGGGGAGGCCGCGGGCGGCGCUGACGCUCGGGCCCGUUCGCAGACGCAGCUGCCCGGAGGCGCCCGCGGCCCGGCCCCCGCGCCCCGGCCCUGCAGCCCCCCGGGCGGCGGCGCGGCGCGGAGCGGCUGCGGCAGCGCCGAGGAGGACGAGGAGGAGGACGAGGAGGAGGAGGAGGAGCGCGGGCGGCGCUGGGCCGGGGCCGGGGCCGGGCCCGAGGAGCCGCCGCUGCGCCGGGACCUCGGCGACCUGGACCUGGCGCUCAUCGAGGAGAACUAGGGCGAGCGGCCCGGACCCGCCCAGCCGGGGGCGCCCGCGGGCCGGAAGCGGAAGUGGGGCGCGCU